AUGCUGAGCGACGACAACAAAGAACGUGUCACAAAAGCUGUCGAAGUAGCAAAGGUUGCUGCUCACUGGGGAUGGGUUCCAUUUGUUAUUUACGUUGGAUUUGUUAAUGCCAACCCAAAGCCAAGUCUCAUCAAGCUUCUCAGUCCACUUGCUUAAAAAUAAUCUAUGUACAAUCAUACAAGCUUCUCAGUUUA